AGUGAAAAGCGAAUAUCGUAUCCAAGAUGGGGGACGCCCCGGUGCCGGGAUACCAAACACUUUGGACGAAUAAACUUUCUACACUGAAGUCAGAAUACCACACAUUGUUGCGACAAUAUCCCGAAACGGAAGCACAACUAAAACAGCUCAUUAAAUUGCUGGGCGACAUUGAGGACGUGGCAAGGCACAUCCCAGUCUCUGCAGGGAGAAGUGCGGAAUGAGCUAGCAUUUUAAAUGCAGCGGAAGGAAACAGAGCGAGCUACUGCAAAGGUCUUAAGGGAAACCACUUUUUAGUGCCCUGUACAGCACUUUUACAGUAAUGUUACAAGAGUUAAAGGCCGUGCUCAAGGCGAGCACCCUAGCAGGCCAAACUAACCUACAAAACACAACAGGGCAACAAACAACGCAGGAGGGCAGUUUCCAAGGAGUAAAGAGGCGGAAGCGGUGCGCCACCAACGAAACCGACAGAUCACCAAAGAAAGUGGCAGUGCAGACCAAAACGUCGCCCACCCUAAAUAUCCCACCCAAGGAAGUCGUCACAAAAUUUUUUCGCCCCCCCCCCCUCAGGGCAGCGGUUAUGGACACAGACGCUUCCGGCACUGAGGCCCUUCAAAUGAGAAGGCAGAUCCUGGAAAAUCAGGAAGGCAGCCUCCAAUAAACCUAAGAUCUACCACUAACGUGAUUCAGUUGUAAAAACAACUGUAAAGUGUGGUCAAAGAAAACUUUGAGUUCCAUAGCACUAGAAAAGGAACCAAAGUCAUCACGAGAGGCAUGGCGGAUUUCCAGUCCGUGCAAUCCCACUUCGACACCAAUAACAUGUCCUAUUACUCGUUCUAUCCUGAAUCCGAAAAACCUAUGAAGGCGGUGAUAUUUCACCUGCCACACAACAUCCCUGUAGGAUACAUAUCAGACUAGCUGGUGAGCCUCGGGUUUAGUUAUUAGUGUCAAGCAGUUUACAGCCACCCACUUGUCACCCUCUGACGGAUCAACAACCAUAAACCACCUCUUCCUGAUAACCUUGCUGAGGACAGCAAAAUCCCAAGAAAUUUUCUGACUGCAAACUCUCUGCCACAUCACGAUCAGGUUGGAGGCAUAUAGAGCUCAGAAUGGUCUUACGCAGUGCCAUAACUGCCAGCAGUUCGGCCAUGUCUGGGCAAACUGCAAGCAACCCCCCGCUGCUUGUGGUGCGGAGGAGGCUACCUGCACAAGGAAUGCCACAAGGGAAUAUGUCUUCCAUCCCAACAUGUUGCAACUGUCGGUUGGCAGAAGAAGAAAACCUCCAUCCCGUGAUUAUCGUGGCUGCAGACACGUGAAGGAGGAGAUGCAGAAAGAGAAAUUGCAGAAGACACCCAGGGCUACAACAGGAAGGGUGUUCUCUUCAAACCUCACCACUCCAGGAGUGUUCUUCGCGGUGGUGCUCCGAGUCAAGACAGGAAAAAUUGCAGCCUCAGACACAUCAGGCAGCAGUGGGAGGUCCUGCCAUGAUGGAACCCAGGGUCCCUGCCGCCUUACCCAAACACGAACAGCAGGCAACAGUGUGGCUUUGCAUAGCGACAGCCCAUCCGCGGACGAAGAAAACACUGUUCUCAUACUGUUGGCCGUGUGAAUUUUGCGGGUGUUGUCUAGCAACGGGUAUAUACACCACAAUAUUGCUUUU